UGGUGCCUGUCCUGGUAACGUUGACUUCCAACGAUCAAGCAUCAAAAGCUCCUCAUUUCAAGGGCCUGGAAAAACUCUCAAUCUCUCUCUCCGUUGAAUCCCAAAAGAACCCAAAGCAACCAAACCCGAAGAACAGGAAAGAAGAAGAAGGAAAACAAAGCAGCCAAGAAACUAAUAAAGGGGAAGGACAAGAUGAACGAGAACGUUGACAGUGGCAGCUACAACUACAAGAUGUUCAACUUCUUCAACAGGAAGUUCAAGAUCAACGAGGUGGAGCCUCCCGCUGAUGUCAAGAAGGCCUUUGCCGAGUUCACAGAUGGUGGAGCAGCCGCCGCCCUCAACAUGACCGCGGAGCAGCUCAAACGAUUCCUGGUGGUGCACCAGGGUGAGGUUGACCGGACCCUGGAAGAUGCAGAGCGUAUAAUUCAACAGGUUGUUAGCAGGAGACACCAUGUGACCAAAUAUGCUAGUCACUCGCUUAACCUUGAUGAUUUCUUUCACUUUCUCUUCUUCGAUGAUCUCAAUGGCCCCAUUAAAACUCAGGUACACCACGAUAUGACUGCUCCAUUGUCACAUUAUUUCAUAUAUACAGGCCACAAUUCCUAUCUAACUGGGAAUCAACUGAGCAGUGAUUGUAGUGAGGUCCCAAUUAUCAAGGCUUUGCAAAGAGGUGUCAGAGUUAUCGAACUCGAUCUAUGGCCAAGUUCCUCGAAAGAUGAAGUUCUUGUUCUACAUGGAAGGACCCUGACUUCUCCUGUGUCACUUAUCAAGUGUUUGAUAUCCAUAAAGGAGUAUGCUUUUGCUACUUCUCCUUACCCAGUUAUUAUAACAUUGGAAGACCACCUUACACCAGAAUUGCAGGCUAAAGUUGCUGAGAUGGUCAUUCAAACAUUUGGAACUAUGCUGUACUACCCUGAGUCAGAUUGCUUAAGUGAGUUCCCUUCACCAGAAUCAUUGAAACAUCGAAUAAUUAUUUCAACCAAGCCACCGAAAGAAUAUCUAGAGUCUAGGUCCAAAGACAAUUCGUCACCAGGUGAAAUGGGAUUUUCUGAAGAGGAAUCAUCCUCAAAGGAGAUGCAGGACAACAAACCUGAGUCAGAAGCUGAUGAUAGGAGUGAUAGUGAUCAUGAUGAUGAAGACUUCAACGAAUGUACUGGCAAAUCAGGCCAAACUGGGGUGUCUGCAUACAAGCGCCUAAUUACCAUUCAUGCUGGAAAGCCAAAGGGUGCCUUAAAGGAUGCAUUAAAAGUUGCAGCUAAUAAGGUUAGACGUCUUAGUAUGAGUGAACAGGAACUUGAGAAAGCAGCAGCAUCUCACGGAUCUGAUGUUGUGAGCUUUACUCAGAAGAAUAUCCUGAGAAUCUAUCCAAAGGGUACACGUUUUACUUCAUCAAAUUACAAGCCAACUAUUGGAUGGAUGCAUGGAGCUCAGAUGAUUGCAUUUAACAUGCAGGGAUAUGGAAAGUCACUCUGGUUGAUGCACGGCAUGUUUAGGGCCAAUGGAGGGUGUGGUUAUGUGAGAAAACCUGAUUUUCUGAUGCAGAAAGGAUCACAUGAUGUGGUGCUUGAUCCAAAAAUAACGUUGCCAGUGCAGAAAAUGUUAAAGGUGAAAAUAUACAUGGGGGAUGGAUGGCGGUUGGACUUUAGCCACACACACUUCGACACAUACUCUCCUCCGGACUUCUACACAAAGGUUUACAUUGUUGGGGUGCCAGCAGAUGAAGCUAAAAGGAAAACCAGGAUAAUUGGAGAUGAUUGGUCUCCUGUAUGGGAUGAAGAAUUCACAUAUCCCCUGACUGUACCUGACCUGGCUCUGCUUAGGAUUGAAGUACGCGAGUAUGACAUGUCAGAGAAAGAUGACUUUGGUGGCCAAACAUGUUUGCCUGUCUCAGACCUGAGGCCUGGGAUCCGGUCAGUUCCUUUGCAUGACAAAAAGGGAAAGAAACUCCCAAAUGUAAGGCUUCUGAUGAAGUUUGAGUUUGUAUAACUAGAGUGUAGAAUUAUCCAUCCAGGAUUCUAGGCGGAUUGCCCCUUUGCACCCCAUGAGGUGUAUGCAGGGAUAAGUCAUUGUAAUUAGGUGAGAGAAUUUCUGAUAUGCUAAAAUGUCUAAUGUUUGUUUUUUGCUCUAUUCUGAAGCAAUGAUAGGAAAUUUUGCACGCCACUCUUUUACCCUGUAGCCCAGAAUUAUUCCUUACUAUUUCUUCUGGAAGAUUUGAUUGAUGAUCACAGAUGAUCUUAAAGCUUU